UUAUACCAUGAUAAAAUUAUAGAAUAUAUAAAAAUAAAUGAAACCUAUAUUGUGAAAAACUUAAAUUUGUCAAAUAGCAAAAAUGUAAGAUAUAAAACUAUUGUAGAAAUACAUAUGAAUGUACACAAUGAAUGCAGAAAUAAAGAACGCCAAAUCAACGAAGAAGAAUUUUUAUCAACAUUAUUACAAAUGUUCACAGAAGAGGAGUAUACGAUAUAUCCUAAUUUGACAAAUGAUGAGUUAAUGGAAAAUAUUAAAUGUAUAAAUGAUAUUGAAAAACAAAAACUUUUAUGAAAUUAUGUGAUAUAAAAACAUAAAUUUAUUAUAAUAGACCGCUUCAACAUUUUAAAGUAUUAAUGAAAAAAAGGAAAGGCAUACAUAAAAAAAGUUCAAGUAUUAAAUAAGAAAUAUUCUAGCGAAUAUCAGUAUAUUCCAUUUAUACAAAUACAAAAAGGUGCUUGGAUUCAAUACAUAUCAAAAAGGGGUACCAUUUAUAGAACAAUAUUUAGAACAGGAUUCUUUAUGGAAUUGACAGAAAAAUAACAGGAUAUUUCAUGUGAAUAUGAAGAAAAUAAAAGGGAAUUAUCACUAAUAAAUACAGAAGAAUUUCAUAACACAGAUAUUUAUAUAGAUAUAUACGUAUAUGUAUAUAUUACUACUAAAAAUAUAUAUACUCUUACAUAUGAUGGUAUUACAAGAAUUAAAAAAAAAGGAAAAUAAAAUGCUAGGAUAUUUUCAUAAAUGAAUGAGAACAGAACCAAAUUUAUGGAAAAAUUCAGAAAUAGAAAAAACCUAAUUAAUUUUAAAGGAGGAAAUUUGGAAAAUAAAAAAAAUAUAGGUCAUAUAGGGGGAGAUAAUUUUAGAAAGGAGAUAGACGAUUGGAUAAGUGAAGAUAAUGCAAAUGUAAAUUUCACAGUUAAUGAUGAGAAAUUAAACAAAACCGUUGAAAUAUCAGGAACUCAUAUCUUAUAA